AUGCGUAGACACUGCUCCGAGUUCUUCGCAGUAGCUGCCGUACCUCGAAAAUGCACUAACUACUGUCAUCUCAACCUGCACCUAGCCGCAAGCCCACUUCAUCUCCUUUCCCCCCUCGAUCCUGCACUCAGCGGGAACCGCAGCGCCUCGGUUGUCAAAUUGGGGCAACAAAGUCUUGCCAUGCUCUCUCCUCCCCCAAGACAGUGCCGCUUAGUAUCUGUUUCUCUCAACAUCAAUCGAAAGCCUAUACACGCCACCAACAUGGAAGGUCUCGUCAGGCUUCUCGACGACAACACUGCGAACAUUGAUAUCGGCAAUAUCACGGGAUUAGACAAUAGCAUCUUGAUCAACUUCUUCAACGUGCUGCUCGUCAAACACAGGGCCAAAACCUUAUGCCGCUUUCCAACACCCUUCACCAUGCCACGGCGGGUGCCUCGAACGCUAAAUCUCAGACAUUAUUCCGUUGUGUGA